AUGGUUUUGGAGCUCGCCGCGCCCGCCGGUGCAGGCCCUGCGCUCCAGCGCUGCAUCCCGCACAUCCAGCGGGUUUUCCGGGUCCGAGUGAGCUGCAGCACCGCAGAGUCCAGCUGCGAAAAUCCCAACGCCGGCUCCAGUAUCAUCGUAAACAUCGAGGACGGCAAGGAAGAAGAUUGCACUAAAGCUAAAGAGUACAUUGUGUCACUGAUUAGUCCUGUGCAUAAGCACCGUGAGCGUUUGACUCUUUGGCUGCAGCGGCGACUGCAUGCCCUACGUGCAGCUAUUGAGUACGAGAGCUGCGCUGUGGUGCAGGUGAGGGACCAUGCACUGGAGCUUCAGGGAGGUCAUGCACAGGUAAUGGCUGCAUGCGCCAUGCUGCAGCGCCUGAAGAUGGAGCAUCGCGGCUGCCGUGAACCCCAGCCCUUGCCCGCUGCUGCUGGCCACGACUCUCCAGAAGAAGAGGAGGAGGAGGAUGAAGAAGCUGCUGAAGACGGGAGUAGUUCUGAGAGCGAUGGCGAGGCAAGGUCACGGAGCAGUAGUUCUGGUGGAGCCGUCAGCACAGCAGGGUCAGGAGAAGGAGUGACCGGAAGGAAGCAGGACCUGCUCAUAGCAACCAAACCUCACCGGCAGCUAUGCCGCUCAUCCUGUUUGGACCGUCCCAGCUUCAGUCAGAGCAACACCUUUCAGGAGUUACGUGCAGAUGACACCCGCUCUGACUCCUCCCAGAGAGCCCUCGCUCCGCCCACCUCCUUGGCCCAAAUGCCCUUGCGUCAAACCAGUGAUCGAGAUUACCAAACCAAAAUGGACUUUGCUCUAAAACUGGGCUACUCCGGAGAGCAGGUGGAGUCUGUUUUGAGUAAACUGGGGUCCAGUGCUCUAAUCAAUGAUGUAUUGGCCGAGCUGGUGCGGCUAGGGAAUAAAGGAGAUCCAGAGAGUCAGGCAGCAGUGGGCAGCGCCGGUUUAAUGGCACGGGCAAUGGGAGCCAAAGAAGCCAUAAGCCCUGAGGCAUCACUGGAGGAAGACUCAUCAGACACGUAUGACAACCUCCGACCUAUCGUGAUUGAUGGAUCCAAUGUUGCCAUGAGCCAUGGAAACAAAGAGGUGUUCUCAUGCCUGGGCAUUCAACUGGCUGUUGAUUGGUUCCUGGAGAAGGGCCACAAAGACAUCACAGUUUUCGUCCCAGCAUGGAGGAAAGAACAGUCAAGACCUGAUGCACCAAUCAAAGAUCAGGAGAUCCUGCGGAAAUUAGAGAAGGAAAAGAUCCUUGUCUUCACACCGUCUCGCAGAGUCCAAGGCCGUCGAGUGGUUUGCUACGAUGACCGUUUUAUUGUCAAGCUGGCCUGCGACUCAGACGGGAUCAUUGUGUCCAACGAUAACUACCGAGACUUGCAGAAUGAGAAACCGGAGUGGAAGAAAUUUAUUGAGGAACGACUCCUCAUGUACAGCUUCGUCAACGACAAGUUCAUGCCUCCUGAUGACCCUUUAGGGAGACACGGACCCAGUCUGGAAAAUUUUCUCCGUAAACGACCAGUGGUUCCAGAGCACAAGAAGCAGCCGUGUCCUUAUGGUCAGUACAGCAAAAGUAAGAAGUGCACCUACGGCCAUAAGUGCAAGUACUACCACCCAGAAAGAGCCAACCAAUCACAACGGGCUGUCGCAGAUGAGCUCAGAGCCUUUGCCAAACUCUCUGCUGUAAAGACAAUGAGUGAGGGGGCACUUGCCAAAUGUGGGACCUCUGGUUCUUCUGCCAAGGGAGAUAGUAGCUCAGAGGCAAAGCGAGUGGCACCCAAGCGCCAGUCUGACCCCAGUAUCCGGUCAGUUGCAUGUGAGCAAGAAGAGAGACUCUGUCCAAUGCGGAAGGCCGAGGCCAGUUCUGUACCGUCUUUAGUGUCAGCACUUAGCGUUCCAACUAUGCCACUGACGAAAAGUCACGCUGCUGGCGCUCUGAACACACGCUCAGCGAGCAGCCCUGUUCCAGGGUCUCUGCACUUCACCCACAGCUCGCUUGAACACGCAGGCAGUGUCCAGUAUCCCCCCAUCCUAGUCACCAAUAGCCAGGGCGCCUCUGUGGCUUACGGUGAGCCGUUCCCAAAGUAUGACUCUGUGGUAAGCGACCAUGGCUACUAUUCAAUGCUCAGUGACUUCUCCACUAUGAGCCUCCAAGACAGUUUUUGCAGUCUUGAACAGCCAGAGCCUGUAGGGGUUGGUGGAGGAUAUCCAGGAAGAGCCAGCAUGUGUCCAGAACCUGGCCGAAGCCAUUCAUCAGACUCCUUCUCAUCCUACAGUGGAGAGAUGUACCUCAACUCAAUGGAGGGCAGCCUGGAUGACAGCAUAAAAGGGCCACCUUCGCAGUCCCAGACACAACCUUUGGUGCAAACGCGCCUUCAAGCCUUUGCUCACGGUUUCCACCAUGAGGCCUUGACACGUGUGCAGAGCUACGGAACGGAUGAACCCAAACCGGGUCCUCGAAAGCAGUCCUCCGCCCACCUAGCACCACACACCCAACACCCAGUUGUUGGCAGUCGAUCCAGCUGCCCAGGAGACUACCCUCCUCUCCCCCAGAAUGUGCUGCCUUCUGCCAGCCCCUCACAGCAGGGUCGAUCCUUGGGCAUGACUCGAAUGGACAGCAUCUCUGACUCACGGCUCUACGAGAGCAACCCGCUGCGCCAAAGGAGACCUCCUCUUUGCAGAGAGCAGCAUGCCAGCUGGGACCCUUUGCCGUGUGGUAAUGAGCCCUACAGUUAUGGAAGUUAUGGUUUAACGGGAGGUCUUAUGCCUUGCUGUGAAAGGGUGAUGGUCCGCAGCAUGCCCGAGAAGAUGGAGCAGAUCUGGAGGUCCCCAUGGGAUAGUGUGCCGCCUCCACCGCCCAGUGCUCGUGGGCCAGCGGAGGAACCCCAAGAGCGGCACCCUAUUCCAGAACAUCAGUAUCAAACCUACCGAAACCUCUGUAACAUCUUCCCGGCAUUUGUGGUCCAUUUGGUCAUGGAGGAGAACCCUCACAUGACCGAUCCCCAGCAGCUGGCUGCCGUCAUUGUCACCAAACUGCGCUCUUGCCACUAAGCACAUCACAAAUGGCUGCUAACAACAUCACCACAAUAUUUAGAUAUCCUAGUGUAUGAGAAAUUGGACGCCUUGAGAAUUUCGUAUUUUUGUUUCACUCUGAAGAAACAGCUAGCCCCCAUAUGUAAUUCUGAUUGGAUUGGAUCCAUUAGGAGGUUGGCUAGCAUGAUAGCAUUGAUGCUGCAUUGGUUAUUAUGUCAUCUUUUAAGCCAUAUGGGAGCUUGGAUCUUGUAACUUAAAAGUUUAGCAUAAAAAAAUUGAAAUCCCUCAUAAAUAAGUCCUGCUUUCUCCACAGUUUAGCUCCUGAGAUGGGCCAAAAAGUUCUUAAGGUUGUUCAUUAAGCCGACUCAAAGUGUAUCCACAUUGAGAAAGCAACUGCCUGCCAGUUUGAUGGCAGAUCUUGAGAAUGUGUUAUUUUGUUGGUGAUGAUAACAUUUAUCCUUUGAAAAAGAGUUACAUGAGAGAAAUCUCUUUGGUAAAAACCGAUCAGAAAUGAUCCUGCACAAUAUGAAUAGUAUUGUGUAUGUAUAUGUGUAUUCACUUGCAUUAGUGUGUAAAUGACGUGACACCGUGGUGUUUUUUUUUUGGUGUUUGAUGACUUGAUGUGUGAUUUUGGAAAGAGGAAUGAACGCUUGUGUACCUCAAAGCAUGACCUUUGAACUUUUAUGGCCUUACAUCAGAUCGACCCAGCCACACAUUAAGGUGAAUAGCACUUAAUAGUUGUGGAGGUCACUGUUUUGCAUUUGUUUUAUAAAGCGAGCACUGGGACAGAAAGGUUUAGAUCGGCCGUGCUGCAAUUCAGACUUUUUAAUUGGCUGGGCUGUAACUGCAAACCAACCCUGCAAUGUCUGUUUGCACACAUAUACGGAUACGUAUUUACGAAGCCAUUUUAAAAGAUUGAGCCAAACAGAAAAACAGUGUACAUUUUCCUGAUCUGAAAGCACUAGGUAUAUCUAGUUGGAGAAGAUAUUAUUCAUAUGUAUUUGCUAAAUGUUGUUGUUGUAUUGUAGAUUUUAAGAGAGAUGUUUGAGUAAGCAUGGGCUUCAGUAAAUCUCUCCCAGACAGCAUGUUAGCACUAUGCUUGACAGAGAGCGCCGGUCCCGUUUGGCUCGUUAGUCAGUAACUAUGUUUUCACAAGUAUUCACAAACUGGGGAGGAUAAUGCGUCUCUUCGGCAAAAUGCUCUUGUGCAGCAUCUAUUUCCUGAUUGAUGCCGAGAGACCGCCCCAUUUCAUCUGCUCCGCCCUGUAAAUUAACAUAUCUUCAGGAGAGCGUGAAUGUUAUUGGUCCAGAGAUGCUCUGGGUGUUUUAAAAAAAGACUUAAAUUGCUCCUUCAUUUUUUUUCAUGAGCACAGGAGUGGCCCCGUAGGGUCCCCGUUACUGCUCGUGGGAAGGUGUGACACACUGCCUACCUGUCUCUUCCUGUGCGACACACACGGAACACCAGGCUGUUGUUGGGUUGUUUCUGACAUUUGGCUGACAGUUCGCUUGCUGGCUCCUCUACCGCCCCUGACCCUGCUUCGAUUUGGACACAAAACCCAACCUCUCAGCUCUCUAAUACGAACAUGGACAGUUCUCCUUUCCUUUAGUUUUAUUUUUCAACAAAGUUCUUCCAGAAUGCAAUUAAUGAUUUAUUUUUUAUUUUUACAAUCUCUGAAACAAAAUAUUUGUAAAUGUUUUAUUUUUUAUGAUUAUUUACACAUUUUAGGCCAGAAACAUAUUUUUGUAAGUACAUAAUUGUAGACACUAAAGGCAUGUUCACACCAAUAACAUUAACUAUAUAACGAUAACGAUAUUAGCGUCCACACCAGCGAACGAUAUCGUCUGUUUAUUCUAAGUGCACGCAUGUCUGCCUCUUUAAAUUCUCAAACUCGUUACAGCAGGAUGGAUUAUUAUUGGAUGUCAUUAUUUUUUAUCAGCUGGAAAAACAUCUGAAGGUGAUUCUCGUUAUAGUUGUGGUGUGAACUCUGCUAUUCUUUAAUAUUGAGAACAAUUCGUAGAACUAUAUUUUUAUCGUUGUCUUGAUAGUUAUCGUUCUUGGUAUGAAGGGGCCUCAAUGCUUGAUCAGUGUCAUCAUGACAACUUUUUUGGCUAAAGGCAUCACAAGAACGUUCAAAUUCCUAAAUCCAACCCUAGCUUCCAUCUUGAACUGUGACAUCAAAGGCAGCAGAUGAUAAAAUAUCCAAUUUAGGACCUUUCAGAAAAUCUAGAACUGUCAAAAAUGUAUUCUAUUUUUUUUCUUCUUUUUUUAUGCCCUAAUAAUGUGCGUUUAGUAUUGCCUGCUAUAGUACCAAUUGUGUCCGAAUUGCAGUUCUGUUGUGCUAUGAAUUGUGACGUAUUUUGGAAUGCAGUGACGUGAAAGGUGUGGGGACAUUCAAUGUUUGGCAGAUUUUUGCAGACUAACUGCAGCCAUUUAAAUAGGAAUCCACAGGAUUGGAAAUUUACUUGAGGGCAAUAAAUUUCCCGACAGAGAUUUCGCAACUGGUUCAAGUUGGUCAUGUAGACUGAAAAUAUUUGCCCAGGAACUUUCGCUAAUUUGACUGCAUAUUUAGCAUCAUUCAUGUACUUACGCAGAGUAUGUUUCAGGCCUAAAUGUAUAUUUUAGUUUGAGACUGAAAUGUUUUAAUGGUUGGGUUUUUCCAUUUCCCCUUCUCCUCUGAACCUAGGAGCAAAAAAUCCCGAAGGUGGUGUUUCUAGAGCAAUCUAGAAACUAAUUUCUGGUAAGUUACGACAUUACUGUCCGCUGCUUAAGCUCCAAGGUUCAGACCCCUAUGCAGCUGAGCAGCAAGCGACCACACAUCAAAUGUCCAGAAACGACCUUUUGCUUGUUGAUACAAAUUGUAUCUAUUUCUUGAUUGUAAAAAAAAUAUAUAUUUCUGAGCUGUACAGUAUCACUUAUAUGAGUAUAUAUAUAUCUAUAUAUUUAAAAAAACACAAAAAAAGCUUAGUUUUAUUUAAAAAAAAAAAAAAAAAGGAUAAAGACAUAUAAUGCCAUAAUGUCAGUGAUACCGUGUGUCACUCGAGUAGCCCAUAGAGAUGGCUUAUUUCCUGCCGGGCAGACCACUACAGACAGGGAUCUCUCUCUCUCUCUCUCUCUCUCUCUCUCUCUAUCUAUGUAUCUAUCUCUCGCUCUCUCUGUUUCAUUUCUUUCUCCGUCCUCUCAUACCUCCUUUACUUUUCCAUGCCUUGAAAUUCGCUGUUUGAUGAUUAUUCUGGAAAGUGAUUAUUUACCUCAGUGGAACUGAACUUCAUUUCUGUUUAACUGAAGGAUUUUUAGGGGGUGGCUUUAUUUGCCAUUCAGUCUCUCUGUCAAAGGAAUAGAUUCAGGAGAGACCCAUUCUGACACAAUCUGUGUACUCCUUAUAUAUUUUCACUCUUUGUAAAUAUUGAAAAUGUAUUUCAGUCCUCUUGUAUUUGCACAGUAUUAGUGCAUUUCACAUACAUAAAGACACUCUACCAGCUUAUCUGCGCCGGAUCCCUCUCAUACACACACUUAAACUCGACGGGUUGCCCUGACAACCGCAGUCAGCUGAUCACAUGCUAUCAUUAGUACUGAAAUAACUAAUGUGAAAUGUUGACUAUUGUGUGCGCUGGUGUGAAUUUAUGGUAAAUUCACUGCUGUUUCACUUGUAACAUAGUUUACCUUCUACAGUAAAGUCAUGAAGGUUUCAGGUUGUAGAUGAGACUUUAAUUGGAUGGAAUUUGCACAAUAUAUAUAUUUUUUUGUUAUUUUUUUUUUUAGCAAAUGAAGUUGACGCCACACGCACACACAUUCUCUCAUGAGUAAAAUGUGAGCUUUAUCUGAGUGUCGUACUGAAAGAUGUCCACACAGACACAUGAACACACCUCGUAACCUGCCUUACAGUUGAACUUCUUUGGUUUGUGAGAGUUGAGCACAUUCUGACUGUACAGCACCGAACGUUACGCUUCUUGUUUGUUUUAUUUUUCUAUUCUGAUAAGCAGAAGCACUAAUGAAAUUAGUGUUUUUUUUUUUCAGAUUAGUCUCUACUGGUUUCUGAAUGGACAACCUGAUUUAACUGCACGAACUGCCAUUUUUUUCUUAUUACGCUUGACUAGAAUGUCCAAGAAACUACAGGACAACUGGACCCCCCUAAAAAAAGUCGCCGGCUGCAGAGCUGAUGUAAUCUGUACAUUAUGUUUUCAAUAUUGAAUACACCAGCUAUAACUCGCUCAAACACUCUCACCAACAGAUUGAUUCUCAGGAACAAACCGAUGUGUUAUUUCAGCUCCUUUAUGAAAGACAUUAUCUUUGAUGUUUGCUCUUAUAAAACUGCGGCGAUUUGUGAAGUAGCGUGGAUGAUCUUGAAAACGUGUUCUUAAAUUGGAGUUUUGUUGUUCAUUUAACAUUUCCUCCCCUUAUAUUGUGGGUUUUUUUGCGCCUUCGCGGGGUGACUGGGUGGUCUUAACAAUUUUGAGUCUCGUGCUGUGAUGAAGAUGACAUACAAUAGUAUGUUUUACUCUCUACUGAAUGAAACGUGUUGCUUUUAAACUUGUUUUCAAUAUGACAAAAACAUGAACCCAAAAAAAGAAGGAAAGUGAAAUAGGGUGGAAAAACUUUAUAACGCUUUGGGUCUGUGGACUCAAACAAAAAUGUAAGUCUCAAUGACAAAAGGUGUUUGUUCCUCUCAAUAAAGCCAGACUGUAUUUGGUUAA